CAGCCUGUGGCCCUGUCUGGACCGCAGGGGCCGGCGCAGACCCUGGGAGCCAGCAGCGGGGGCGGCUACUGGGGGGGCCCCGCCCCUCUUCCACGACUCUGCCCGGCGGGAAAGCUGGUAGGAAACACCCCCGCCUCCGGCUUUCCGGGGGCGCGGGUUUCAAAGGCCCCUGGCAAGCCCUGUCCAAACAGGGGCACUGAUGUUAAAUUCCUCCGGGAGCCGAGCUGGUGGCGACCCGGAGUGCUGGCCUGGGGGGCAGUGCUGCUCUCUGCGGACGGUCGGCGACCGGUACACAGGGUGGCCCAGCGAGAACGUGAACUUGUGAGGCUCCCAUGAGCCAAGGCUCGGCUCACCGCUUACUGCUCGGCUGCGGAGGGGUCCGGAGGCACGUGGGCCUGGGAAAAGCAAAGGGUUGGCUGUCAGGAGACAUGGAUUUUCUCUAAGUUCGAGAUAUUUGCCAAAGGUAAAGCCUUGGGUGGCUCGCUCACCCCCACGCCCCUGGCCUCAGUUUCCCCCAACUGAGAAGACAAGGCAAGGCUGGCUGCUUUCUCUCCUGGGCAGUGGGAGAGGAGAAAGAGGCACUGAGGUGAUGGGAGACUUCACUCUGUAAACGGCCAACAAGAACGAUGAUAGUGAGGAGUAAUAUUUUUGAGGGUUUGCUCCCUACCAGGCAGUAUUCUGCAGCUGCGCAGAUAUUCCCCCCCCUUAACCUUCACAAAAAUGCUUUCUGGUUGGUAUUGUCGUGACCCCCAUUUUACAGAUGGAGAAACUGAGGCCCAGAGAGGUUCAGUGACUCGCCCAAUGGCAGACUUGUUAGUAGGUGGACGGAGCCAGAACUGAAUCCAGGUGGCCAGUCUGACUCUAGAGCCGGGAAUCUUUGCCACUGUGUUCUUCUGCCUAUAACAUAUCAGCUGCUGUUUGUUGAGCACCUGUUAUGUGUCAGAGACUGGAUAUAAUUCAUCUCAUAACAUCCUCACCACAGCCCUUUAGCGAGGAGCUAGUUGUUUCCUUUUUUUACAGAUGAGGAAAUGGAUGCACAGAGAGGUUGAGUAACUUGCCCAAAGUCACUCAGUAGGACGCAGCUGUGUCCAGCUCUAAUUCUGAGCCCAGGUCUGGGCACCCAGCAAGGCUCCAGCUGAUGUGGGGAGCCACCCACUGCUGAGGGAACUGGGCUGGACUUGGUCUUGGGCCUUCCAGCUGGUGGCACCUCUGUAGUCCCGAGGGGCUGGCAGCUGGGUGACCCGGGCAGGGGAGCAGAGGCUGUCCACCCCGCCCCUCGGUGGUAGUGGUCAGGGCUGUGUCUGGGACAGGGCAGCAACUCAGUGGCAGUUGCCACAGCCGCCUCCCACCCGGACUCUGCUUCGUGCAUGAGCCUUAGCAUUCAGGCUUGUCCUUGUCCUCAGCUUCCCCUUCAGUCUUCUCUGGAAAGAGGGAACCUUCUGUUCAGAGAGGUAGAAUGACUCGCCCAGGAUCACGUAGCUAGCAGGUGGCAGAGCUUUGAUCCAAACUCAGCAGCGAGUCGAACCUGAAACCUCGGGCUCUGUGGGCUGCUCCCCUCUCAAAGGGUGCUGGAAAAGGAGGGCCACUUCCUCCUGGGUCGUGGCUCUUGGACAUAGGGCUUAUCUUUUUUCCCUAAUGCCUUUUGUUUUUCUUGGCAUCCUCGCCACUGUAAGGUCGCGUUACUGCUGGGCUAGCAUCCAGCAAAGAGAUGUGGGGACCAGGUCGCACCCUUCCAUUUGAGGCAAUGUUAAUAAACCGGAGAGUAAGUGAAAUUGGGUACCCGGGUGGGAGAGGGGCCGGAGUGAUGGGGAGAACUCGGUAGGAGUUUUAGCGUGGGAAGGAGGAGCCAGGAUAAGGAUAUGCAUUUGAUAGGAGGUCAGAAGACAUCCAGAAUGGUCCUUGUAGAGUGUGAAUCAGAUUCAUGCCUCUCCUCUGCUGACACCCUUCAGUGUCUUCCUUUCUCAGCAGAACGUCCAAGGUGCUACAUCAGGGGCCUCUGGUUACUCCUUGGACAUCAUAUCCUGCCGCCCUCCCUCGCACUCCCCAGGCUCCAGCCUCGCUGUCCUCCGAGCCGUUCCUGCCAAAAGCCUGUGCGCGUGCUGGAAGCUCCCUGGAAUGCUCACCCUCCUGCAUCUUCAAGGCUCGUGCCUUCAUGGAAUAGCCCCUUCUUGGGGGCCUUUCUGAUCCACCCCGUUGGGAGGAGCGCCCCCUCCCCUGCUUCAUGUUUCUCUAUCACAUGCAUCACUCUCACCUCGGCAUACCACGCGUCAUGUUCGUCGUCUGUCUCUCCCUAGAACAUAAACUCCACGAGGACUUCGGUUGCGCGUCCCCAGCGCCAGAGCACAUGGUAGAUGCAUGGAAAUUAUUUGCUGGAUGAAGAGGGUCAAGUCCCAGCUCCUUUAUCUGACUGGUUGGCCCUGGGGCCCAGCCUCGUCCGGACGCCCUGGCGCUGCGGCUCUGCAUGACGCGAUGGGCCUGCUGCUCGCGGUCCUGGUGCUCCUGCUGCCCGGCGUCUCCGGGCUGCCCUUCUACAACGGCUUCUACUACUCCAACGGCCGGAACCCCGGCAACAACGGCCACGGCCACGGCGAAGGCCUCUUCAGCGGCGUGAAGCUGGUGGUAGAGACGCCCGAGGAGACCCUGUUCACCUACCGAGGGGCCAGCGUGACCCUGCCCUGCCGCUACCGCCACGAGCCGGCCCUGGCGUCCCCGAGGCCCGUGCGUGUCAAGUGGUGGAAGCAGCUGGAGAACGGGGCCCCCGAGCAGGACGUGCUGGUGGCCAUCGGGCCGAAGCACCGCUCCUUCGGGGACUACCGAGGCCGGGUGCACCUGCGGCGGGACGAGGAGCGGGACGUCUCGCUGGAGAUCCGGGACCUGCGGCUGGAGGACUACGGGCGCUACCGCUGCGAGGUCAUUGACGGGCUGGAGGACCAGAGUGGCCUGGUGGAGCUGGAGCUUCGGGGUGUGGUCUUCCCCUACCAGCCCCCCCGGGGGCGCUACCGGCUGAACUUCCACGAGGCCCAGCAGGCCUGCGAGGAGCAGGACGCGGUGGUGGCCUCCUUCGAGCAGCUCUUCCGGGCCUGGGAGGAGGGCCUGGACUGGUGCAACGCGGGCUGGCUGCAGGACGCCUCGGUGCAGUACCCCAUCACGCUGCCGCGGCAGCCCUGUGGCGGCCUGGGCCUGGCGCCCGGCGUGCGCAGCUACGGCCCCCGCCACCGCCGCCUGCACCGCUACGACGUGUUCUGCUUCGCCGCGGCCCUCAGGGGGCAAGUGUACUACCUGGAGCACCCCAAGAAGCUGACCCUGGCCGAGGCCACGGAGGCCUGCCGGGAAGACGGCGCCCAGAUCGCCAAGGUGGGACAGCUCUUUGCCGCCUGGAAGUUCCGCGGGCUGGACCGCUGCGACGCUGGCUGGCUGGCAGAUGGCAGCGUCCGCUACCCCGUGGCCCACCCUCGUCCCCACUGUGGGCCCCCGGAGGCUGGCGUCCGCAGCUUCGGCUUCCCAGACCCGCACGCCGCCUCCUACGGUGUCUACUGCUACCGCCCGCGCUAGGGCCUGGGCCUGUCCCCUCCCGCUCCCGGGGCUGUGUGUUCAUUGAGUGGCUCCUUUUCCCUUGUGGGGUGGGGCAAUUUUAGUAUUGUUUUUAUACUUCUAAACUUAAAAAAAAAUAUUUCACUAUUUUUGUAAACCUGACGGAAUCCAAUGCCUCCCUUUGCUCAGGUGCACAAACCCCAAGGCUCCCCACAUCCCGGAAUCCUCCCAGCCUUUCCUCUGGGACCUUUGAGGUUCGUGGGCUUUCAGAGGGCUCCCUGCCCUGAGGACGCUGUGCCCCAGCGUGACGGGGCAUGGUGGCUGCAGCUGUCCCCAACCUCGGCCUGGGGGAGGGGACGGCCUCCGGGCCCCCUGGAGCUGGGCUUUGGGGCUCUCCUGCCUCCUCCCUCCAACUUCUCCACGAAGCUGCUGGCCCAGAUCGGCCACUGAGGAGGGAGUCCUAGGCUUCCAGCAGAAUCUGCUCCCCAUUCUCCCUCCUCUCUCGGUUCCAAAGAGCCUGCGUUUUCUCCUCAUUCUUCCCUGGGUGGAGAGCGGCCCUCUGGUGUGUGCACUUUCUCUGGACAAUAAAUGGUGCUGUGACUCACCU